AUGUACGGGGAUGGAGAGGGCACUGUGUGGGACCGGGUCGCACGGCCCCACCGGGAUUGUAUGUGCUACCUUGGACCUCCUACUACUUUGAUGCCCAUCGGGAUGCGCAAGUCGCCCGACGUGAGCCCCAGAAGGCUUUCGGACAUCAGCCCUCAGCUCAGACAGCUCAAGUACCUGGUGGUGGACGAGGCCAUCAAAGAGGACCUCAAGUCUUCCCGCUCAGUUGAGGAUAUCAACAGCGCGUCCAUAGAGGAGCGAAUAUUGCGGAUCACCGGCUAUUAUGGAUAUCAGCCUUGGAGUGCGAGCUACAAGAGUGAGUCCAGCAAUGUUGCUGCAGUUUACAUGCACGGGGUGGGCUCUCCUCACCUUGUAAAACCUGGAGAAGACCGCACCAGGGAGAAUGUGGUGGGCACUACAGACGCACAAUCGACUGCAGGCGUGGCAGGAGCAGAAUCCAACUCCAACAGACGGAGGCUCCACUGUUGCAUCAGAAUAACAACUGUACAGGUACAGAAGGCCCUGUGGGGGGUCGCCAUGGUGAUGUGUGUGUGCUCGUCCUGGGCAGGCUCCACUCAGUUGGCCAAGCUGACCUUCAAGCAGUUUGAUGCCCCCUUCACCCUCACCUGGUUCGCCACCACCUGGAACUGCCUCUUCUUCCCUCUCUAUUACAUUGGCCACCUGUGCAAGAGUCCGGAGAGGCAGACACCCAGACAGAGAUUCAGGGAGUGUUGCAGGUUUUUUGGGGACGAUGGGCUGACACCGAAGGUGUUUUUCACCAAGGUAGCUCCCUUUGGCCUGCUAUGGAUCCUCACCAACUACCUGUACCUGCAGGCCCUCAGGAAGAUCAACACAACAGACGUGUCAGCACUGUUCUGUUGUAACAAGGCCUUUGUCUUCCUGCUCUCUUGGAUUGUACUCAGAGACCGCUUCAUGGGGGUCAGGAUAGUAGCAGCUAUCUUGGCCAUAGCAGGCAUCGUAAUGAUGACCUAUGCAGAUGGAUUCCACAGCCACUCGGUCAUUGGCAUUACUUUGGUCGUCGCCUCUGCUUCGAUGUCAGCGCUCUACAAGGUGCUCUUCAAGAUGGUCCUGGGCAGUGCCAAAUUUGGAGAGGCUGCACUCUUCCUGAGCAUCGUUGGAAGCGCCAACUUUAUUUUUGUCAGCUUUGUGCCGAUCAUCCUGUACUUUACACAUGUGGAGUAUAUUGGCUCACCUCAAGACAUCCCCUGGGCUUACCUCUGUGGAGUUGCAGGCCUGCUUUUUGCUUUCAACGUCCUGGUGAACUUUGGCAUUGCGAUAACAUACCCAACGUUAAUCUCCCUUGGCAUCGUCUUAAGUGUUCCUGUAAAUGCCAUGGUGGACCUCUACACAUGUGAAAUUAAUUUCAACACUGUGCGCCUCAUUGCUGUGUUCAUCAUUUGCCUGGGCUUCCUUAUGCUGCUGCUACCAGAGGACUGGGACCAGUGUAUCAUUCAGCUCAGCACCAAGCUGCGCAAACGUGAUGAGCCAGCAGAGGGCAGCGGAGAGGCAAACUCCACCACAGGGCUCAACUGGAGAGGGAGAACCCGGACCUCCAUGUCAACAUUUGCACACUGA